AUGGCAGGCCACUCUUGGAUCUCUUCACUUUCCCACAUCUCACUACUUCUCCUCAUCUUGUCAUCAUCAUCUCUCGCCGCCCCCAACUCCCCAUGGAUGCGCGAAGCUCGCUCCCGCCUGGCCAAGUCCUCACAGCUGAGUGGCAGCUUGAGCAAACGCUUCACUAACGGCUCUUGUGAUACUGCCGGACCAGAAGACUUCAAAGCGCCCAAAGCGAACGUCUGGAGCGGGCUCACGGACGUCGAAGCCGCCAGUGUCACCAAAUGGCUCUUCCGGAUGAGUGGACUCAACUUGACCAACUCCAGCAAGGCUGGCGAGUGGGACAACACAUUACUUCUCGUCGAGCUGAACGUCCCGAACAAGACUGAUGUCCUGCCGUAUAUCGAUGGCAAUGCCAGUGCACCGGAGAGAUGGGCUCAUGCUGUGCUUGAUAUGAGAGCCAGCGAGGAUCCUGUCCUCGCAGAUAUCUUGGUUGGACCACUGCCUAUCGACAGUGCUACGACCUGGAUGCCACUCGAGUACCCAUACACCAAGAAGUCUGGUGGCAAGACGCGCAACCUGGACGCCGACUCUGGCUUGAGCUACGAAUUCCGCUGCAACAUCUCCGCCACCAUCGCCGACAUCACCAUGGACCUCUGGGGCGGCACGGCUAUGUGCAAGAAGAACGACAGUCUCUCAAUCUGGGGCAUUGACCCGGUUUGGCAAUACGACGGCAGAGUCACCCGCUGGGUCCAAUUCUGGAACUACCCCACCGACGAAUUCGACGCCCUCACCCUCCUCCCCCUUGGCCUCUACUUCAAAACCGACGAGACGGGCCGUGACCCUUCGGCCUGGAAACUGGAAGGCUGGCUCUACAACGACGUCUUCUACCCCACCACCGCCGAGUUCCGCUCCGCAUACUUCUCUGCCAACUUCACCAAACUCCCUCCCAACGUCGCGGGCGACUGGUCCGGCACUGAUCGCCGUGGAUCCGAACUACCCAUGGACGCUCUGCCACCCCCGCAGGCCGUGAGGGCGGGUCCGGCGAGGUACUCUGUUGAUCAGGAAGCGAAGUACGUCGAGUGGAUGGAUUUUAGCUUCUAUAUCGGCUUUACUCGUGACAGAGGGAUGGCGUUGUAUGACAUCCGACACAAGGGACAGAGAAUCCUGUAUGAGUUGUCGCUGCAGGAGGCGUUGGCGCAUUAUGCAGGUGGGGACCCUACGCAAAGCGGGACGGCGUAUUUGGAUACGUUUUAUGGGUUUGGUCCGUACGCAUUUGAACUCGUCCCCGGAUACGACUGCCCGGCGUACGCUUCGUACAUGAACACGAGUUUCUACAUCGACGAGACGACACAUACACACAUCAACUCGAUUUGCUUCUUCGAGUUCGAUGCGGAUUAUCCGAUGCAGCGACAUUCGACGGGGACGUAUGUGGCGAAUACGAAGAAUGUUUAUUUUACUGUGCGCUCGGUUUCGACGGUUGGGAACUACGAUUACAUGUUCUCGUAUGAGUUUUACUUGGAUGGGUCGAUCAAGGUGACUGUGAGGGCUAGUGGGUAUAUCCAGUCGGCGUACUUUGCUGCGAAUGAGGACUAUGGGUAUCAGAUCCAUGACGCCCUCUCCGGCUCAAUGCACGACCACGUGCUCAACUACAAAGCGGACUUUGACAUCCUCGGCAAAGCCAACUCCUUCCAAAUGACCACCUUCGUGCCCACAAUGGAGACCUAUCCCUGGCACGACCGCCCCCGCAAUACCAUGAGAGUCAACCGCACCAUGCUCAAAUCGGAAAGCGAAGGCAAGAUCUUCUACACCGGCAACGGCGCCACCCAGUACCGCGUCGUCAACACCGACAAGCCGAACAAGUACGGCGAGUACCGGGGGUACCGCAUCCUGCCCUCCGACGGCACUUGCCACCUCACCGUGCAGAACUCCUCCAACCUCGAAGCCGCUGUGCACCCCUUCACCCACGACCUCUACGUCCUGCGCCAAAAGGACACCGAGCCGCGCUCUUGCCACCCGUACAACGGUUUCGAUGUCUACGACCCCAUGAUCGAUUUCUCGGAGUUCUUCGAGGACGACGAGAGUCUCGAGCAAGAGGAUCUGGUGGUGUAUUUCAACCUAGGGAUGCACCACUUGCCGCAUACGGGGGAUCUGCCGAAUACGGUUUUCACGACGGCGCAUUCGGGGGUGCAGUUCAUGCCGGUGAAUUAUUAUGAGGGGGACGUUAGUCGGGAGACGAGGCAGAUGGUGAGGGUGGAUUAUGGGGAGGGAAAGAAGGCGGAGGUGAAGACGUUUGGACAGGACGAAGUGAAGUGUGAGCUGGAUAUGAGCUCCAUGGAGGAAGGGAAGGAUUUGAGUGGGUAUGUGGGGGAUGUGGUUAUAAGGAAGUUUCCUUACGAUCCUAACGAUCCGUACUUUGAGACGGACUCCAUCUCAUAA